GCCCGCCGCGGGCUGCCAGCUUCCCUGGCCCAUCUCCGCCACACAAAGGGAAAAUUGUUCUGGGCUGGAGGAGGGAGAGGGCGGGUGACGCUUCCCAGGCUGGGCCUGACCCUGCUGAAAUGAUCCACACCGGCCCGGGGGGGCUGGUUGUCCCCGUGCUGGCAGCUCGCUUGCCAGGGCCAGGCGAGGGGAAGGAGAAGCGGAAACGUCAGACAGAGAUCGAGAACAAAAGGCGGCAGCUCGAGGAUGACAGGCGGCAGCUACAGCACCUCAAGUCCAAGGCUCUGCGGGAAAGAUGGCUGCUGGAGGGGGCCCCGGCCUCAGCCUCUGAGGAGGACGAGGCCAUGAAGAAGCAGAUGCAGGAGGAUGAGGUGAAGACCAAGGAGCUGGAGGAAACCAUCCAGAGGCUGGAGAAGGAGCUGGAGACGCUGGAGAACGGCAACUCAGUAGCUUCCACCAAGGAGAACCUGGCAGAGGCGGCAGCACCGGCCAAGGAGGGGAAGGCAGAGGCCAUCCCCAAUGCGCCGAAGAGUCCCCUGAGCGCAGCCAAGGGCAAUCGCCUCUCCUCUCCGCUUCCAGCCGAGAAGAAGGUCUCCAGCAGCCCCAUGAAGGCGGUGGAAGGCACGGACCUGAUGAAGGCAGCCAUGUACUCGGUGGAAAUCACGGUGGAGAAGGACAGAGUGACUGGGGAGACCAAGGUCCUGUCCAGCACCACCCUGCUCCCCCAGAACCACUGUCUGCAGGGGGUCAAAGUGUACGAGGAUGAGCUGAAAGUGGUGCACGCGGUGAGCGCCGAGGAUGGGGCUCUGCAGAACGGGGCCCACCCCCUCAGCUCCUCCGAGGUCGACGAGCUCCUGCACAAGGCGGACGAGGCCACCCUGAGCGAAGGCGCUGGGCGUGAGCCCCCGGCCAAGGCGGGAGAGGGGGCCGGCAGCGGCCCGGCCAGCCAGAAACCGACGCCGCGGCGGGAGAUCACGGGGCUGCAGGCCAAGGCGCGGGAAAGCACCGCGGCACUGCCGCCGGGAGAGGGGCCGGAGCCGAGCCGCGAGCAGCCCGUCACCAUGAUCUUCAUGGGCUACCAGAACGUGGAGGACGAGGACGAGACCAAGAAGGUGCUGGGGCUGGAGGGCACCAUCAAGGCCGAGCUGGUGGUGAUCGAGGACGCCGAGAGCAAGCCGGAGCCGGCGCGCAAGGACCACGCGCCGCCCAACGGCACCGCGCUGGAGCCGGCGGCCGCCCAGCCGCCGGGCGAGGAGGGUGCGGGCGGGCAGAAGCCGGGUGCCAACGCCACGGACGCCAAGGAGGCCGAGCAGGAGACGGACGCGAAGAAGCAGCGCUGCAAGUGCUGCACGGUGAUGUGAGCCGCGCCGGCCCCGCGCCAGAGCAGGCCGCCCCCGCCGAGCCCCCCUCCGCCCCGGCCCCCGCUAGCCAGGCCCGCCGCCCCGGCACGCCGGGCUCCCUCCCCCACCGGACACGGACCCUCUUUCUGCAGAACCAGGGAGAACCAACACGGCGCCUGCGGAGCCGCGGCAGGCAGCAGCGAACCGCAGCACCGCUCGCCCCGUCCACCCGCCCCACGCCGCACCCCACCAGCGCUGCCUGUGAUAUUUAUUAGAGACCCCCCGCCCCUCGCCCCACGGCCCGGCCUCACCCCACGCCGGGGCCAUCCUGCCACCGACGCCGGAGCCUUUCCCUCCUCUCACCGGCACCUUCCCACCCGCUAGUGGAGGACACGGCCGGGCUGGGCGAUCGGGUGCCACUGUGUCUGUAGGUGACUCCUGGGGAGCCGGCGGGACCAGCCCCGUGCCAGCCCCUCUCUCUGCUCCUCCAUCAUCCACUUCUGCAGGGAAAGGCCCUGGGCUGUUCGCCCCCCGCCCCGGCUGCCCACGGACAGCCCCGCUCCAUCCCGCAUCCUCAUCCCCGGGCUCCCCAAGCCGUGAGCCCCGCUGGGAUGGAGCGAGGGCAGGGCGUUGAGGGCAGCAUCCCCUCCACGGUGCUCAGGAGCUCGUGGGGGGCCGUGGGCCACACAUGGCUCCCGUGGGGUCAGCCCCAGCCUGUCCCCAGGGCUGCGGGUGGGAGACCCUGCUCUGCUCCCUGGACUCGGCUCCCCGUACAUGAGCUCCUUGCCCCAUCCAGCUACCAGUGCCACAGGCUCCCGCGGGGCCAUUCCUCCAUCUCGGCUGAGGUGGCCGGGUGGCCGUGUUCUCCUGGGGCGAUGGAGGUGGCGAUGGCAGCGAGGGAAGGGGGAGCUGGGGGGGCCCAGCCCCAUGGGGACGGGGACGGGACGGGAGCUCCCGUGCCCCCUCACAGCAGUGGGAGGGUGGCCCAGCACCGUGCCCCCCUCCUGCCGCCGCUGCCCGGCGAUGGCAGGUUUGCAGACCUGCUUCAUGGGGCCCCGGGCUGCAGCGUCAGGCCCCCCCCAGAUGAGCAGAGCAGCCCAGUUCACCCCAGGGACCGGGACUGGGAGCUGCCGGGGGUCUGGUGUCCCACGGAGGGUGUCCCUGGGAUGCCAUGUCUGUGCCGGGGCUGCGAGCAGCCUUCCCCGCUCCCCCCACCCCACGCCCCAGCCCUUCAGCGGGGAUUUCACCACCAGCACCAGCGUUUCCUCCCCACUGAGACCUGCUGGGGCGGGCAGGGAGGGCGGGGGGGCCCCACGGCAGCACCCAUGGGUGUUGACCCCUGCCCAAAGCCUGGGCGCUUCUGCUGCAGCGGCUGACACAUCUCGUGGGCACUGGGCACAGGGCUCCCGCUGAGCCCAACUCGUGGGGCCAGCGGGCUGGGGGCACGGCCCUGCCCUGCCCCAGCACGGGGGCAGCCCCCAGGGGGGUCCCAUCUCCCACCAGCCUUGUCCCAAACCCGCUGGGGCUCGGGGCCCUGUGUGCCAGCCCUGGACUGGGGUUGCUUUGGGUACUCGGUGCCCCCCGUCCCCAGGGCACAGGAGCUUUGGCCAGCGCAGGGGCCCGUGUCCCAGCUGCCCGACGUGGCCGAGCGAGUCCCCAGGGACCCCACGAGCCCCCAGUGAAGUGUGUACAGAGCAGCCCUCGCACUGCCCAGCCUGCCGGGGUACGGGUGGUAGAGCAGCCAGGGAUGGGGCUCAGCCCCCCAAGGCCUUCCCUCCCCGCCACCUCCCUCCUGUGAGCAGUGACCCCCCUCCAUGACAUCCCAGUUGCCCCCCAGUUACCACCCAGGCUGCAGUUUUCCCCAUCGUGGAGUCACUGCAGGGAUAGGGGAGGGGUCGGGGUCUGCGGGGGGCACAUGGUGCUGCCGUGCCAGUCCUCCUGGGGGGACCCUGGCCCCAAGCCCUGGAUGGGCACCAAAAGCCUCUGGGAGAAGUAGAGCUGGGGAAGGGAGGGGGGUCAGGGCUGGCACCCCCGGGGUGGGAAGGGGGAGCCUCUCCUGCAGAUGGGCAUCACUGGAGCCCCAUCACCACAGAGCAGGGGGCUGGAUGCUGCGGGGCAUCUGCCCUGUCGAUCCUGGGGGGCUGGGCCAGGGCCAGGUCCCCAGUGAGGACACAUGUCACCUCCCACCACCCCCUCGCUGGGGACCAGCACCAUUCGCCCCAUCCCACCCCGUGUCCUGCAAUUCCCCCCCCCCGCCUCGACCCCAAGCCAGGGCCCCCUCCCACCCUUAGCAUCCCCUGACCCUCGGUUGGCUUCGGCCCCGGCCCCAUCUGGCCCCCGCGGCGGCAGGGAGCAGGAUGAGGCCGCUGCAGGGCCGGGGCUGAGCAGCAGCAGGCGGAGGAGCCCGGCCGUGCGCCCCAGCCCCAUCCCGGCCAGCCCCCGCCGCCCCCCGCCUGGCUCCGCUGAAGUGCACUUCCCGCGCUCCCGUGCUUUCCACUUGUGCCGAAGCCGUUUGAAGUUCCCCCCGCCCCGGCCCUCCCCGUUGUUUGUAAGACACCCGAACCGAGCAAAUAAACUGUGUGAACAGCCA